CCCAAAGAAGCAGAGCAGGCAACGGCACAGCAGAGAGAAGGCAGCACAGUUAGAGAGAGAGAGAGAGAGAGAGAGGCGCAGAGCCAAGGAAGCGGAGCAGAGCAACAGCAGCAGGUCGAGGAAGAGGAGAAGAGAAGGUCCAGGAGACAGCACAGCAGCCAGGAAGAGCAAGAGCAAGAUGCUGCGCGGGGGCACGGGCAUGCUGGGGGUUGUCAACUUCAUAACCUUCCUGAUCUCGAUCCCGAUCCUUGGCGGCGGCAUCUGGCUGGCGUCGCGGGCCAACUCCACCGACUGCAUCCGCUUCCUGCAGUGGCCCAUCAUCGUGGUGGGGCUCGUCCUCAUGGUCGUCUCCCUCAUGGGCUUCGCCGGCGCCUGCUACCGCCAGACCUGGCUGCUCCGCCUCUACCUCUUCGCCAUGUUCUUCGUCGUCCUCGCGCUCCUCUUCUUCGUCGUCUUCGCCUUCGCCGUCACCGACCGCGGCGCCGGCCAGGUCGUCAUGAGCCGCCGCUUCCCCGAGUACCAGCUCUCCGACUACGGCGGAUGGCUCCGCGACCGCGUCGCCGACCCGCAGUACUGGGCCACCAUCAGCGCCUGCCUCCGCGACGGCCACGCCUGCGCCGGCAUGAGGCGCCUCGCGCGGGACCCCAACACGGGCAUGCUCGUGCCGGAGACGCCCGCCAUGUUCUACGGCCGCAACCUCUCCCCGAUUCAGUCUGGAUGCUGCAAGCCACCGACGUCAUGCGCAUUCACCUACAUGAACGAGACGUACUGGGAACAAAACCCCGGUGUCCCGACCGUGACCAAUGACCCUGACUGCAGCAGGUGGAGCAACGACCAGCAGAUGCUGUGCUUCCAGUGCGACUCGUGCAAGGCCGGCGUCCUCGCGGGCAUCAAGAAGAGCUGGCGCAAGGUGGCCGUCCUGAACAUCGUGGUGUUGAUCAUCCUUGUGAUUGUCUAUGUCGCGGGCUGCGCCGCGUUCCGCAACGCCAAGAGGAUCGACAACGACGAGCCGGUGGGCAUGGCGCGGAUGACCAAGUCCCAUCCAAGCAGGUUCCAGUUCUAGGCAGGCAGCUGCUGCCGUGGGUUCGGAAGCUUCUGCCUUGUACAGAUGAUGGCCAGUGGGUGGUGCUAAGGCUUGGGCUUUGCUAUAUCUUUACUGAGAUGUGGAUUGUACUGCAUUUGGGGGUGAAAAGGGGAAGUUCAGUGUGGUUUGAUUUAGUGUUUAGGGUAGGUAUGUUAUGUGGUAGGGGGUACAAUAUGGGAUCUGCAAGAAACAAGAGAAGAUAAAUCAUCUAGGAACUGUUCUGUAUUGGAGAUUUUUUUUUUAAAAAAAAUCUGGGGGAUAUUUGUAUGAUGGUGCCAGCCAUGAUGGAAUAUUUUCUGAAUUUCUCACUGUAUGGGAAUAUUAGG